GCGGCGUCACGCACGCCCCGCGAGGAAGCUGUGGGCGGCCUGUGGUGACUUAUGAGGGCGAGGGCCCCGCGCGCCACCCGGCCUUUCCCCGAGCGCUGCGGCCCAGCAUCAGCCUCCCCACGCCGGGCCCCGUGGCGCGCCGCUGAGGCCGUGGGCACACGGGAGGCCAGCGCUCGCUGCCGGGGUGGCAGCGGCAGGUACCCCGCGCCCCUGGGGCGCCCUCCUCCAGGCAGGGCAGGCAGCAGGAGGGGGCAGCCUGGGGAGGCCCAAGGGGAGAUCGCCACUCGCCCUUUCCCUCCAGCGGCGCCGGGGCAGGAGCGGGCAGGAAGUGGGGGGCAGCAGCGGUGGCGGCCCUCGGUGCCGGGGGGCCGGUGCCCUGCUGGUUGCCUGAGGGCGCGCCGCUCUGCUUUGCCGCCCCAGGAGCUGCGCGAGCAUGGCGCGCCGCCCUGAGCCUGGGCUGCCGCUGUCCGGACCGGCGCUGAAGAGGUGGCUCUGGCUCGGGCUCCUCGUGUUUCGCCUCGUCAGUCUCGGCUACGCGGUGGAGAAAAAAGUGGCCAAAGGCAAAGUGGGGGAAAAAGUUGGCCUGCCUUGUUGUCAUGAAAUACCCAGCGUAGAAAGCCUACGUAAUUACCGGGUCUACUGGCAGAAGAACACCACGGAGGUAGUGCUUGCUUACGCAGAGGGGAAGAAGAUCUCAGAAAAUGAACGGUAUGACAAUCGGACCGAGCUCAACAGCAGGAAUCUCACCCUGUGGAUCUCUCCCGUGGAAAUAGUGGACAAUGGCCCCUACCAGUGUGUAGUUCAGCAUCUCAAAUUUGCGCAGAACUCAGUUGUACCCCGCAUCGUGUGUGAUGAGUCUGUGACCCUCUUCGUUACAGCUGACUUCAGUGAGCCCAGCAUAACAACAGAAGUAGUACGCACUAGUUCUUGUGAAUCAUAUGAGGUGGUGGUAAGAUGUUCUUCUCAUGGAGGUUUCCCCAAACCUAAAAUCUCUGGAGUCCUCAACAACGUGUCCAUGGUGUGGAAUGCCACCUGGGUGUCUGAGUCCAGCAUCAGCCCAUACAACGUCACUGGCAACCUGUGGCUCAACGUGACUGAAGACAUCAGCCUCACUUGCUCCAUUGAGUAUAAUGGCUUUGCCAAGUCUACUAGCUUGCUUCUGAAAAAAAGAAGAGCCUGUGUUCCCCCUACACCUCCAUCUUAUAAUGUCAUUACUGCUUCAAGCAUCAUCAUUAUCGUCUUCCUUUUGGCUGUCACCUUAGCAGCAAAAUUCCUCCCAAGGCAUGUCUGUUCUCAAUGUUGUAUGCCUCAAGAUUCAGAGGAAGAAGAUGUGAAAGAAAGUAUGAAGACCGCUGAACUCUCUAAAGUGACAUCUGAAACGUCAUCUGUAUGACCAGACCACAUUCGCAGGUUUCCUAUCCUGUAUAUUCUACAGUGCAGUCCCCCCUGUUCUCUACAGCAAUGCUUAUUCCAGUGACCCUUUGGCUCUCUGAAAGGGGAUGACAGCAGGAAGAAAAAUCUGCUCAAGAAGACUGACAAGAUUAUCUUGUGUGAAUGAACAGAAAAGCCCACCUAUGCUACAGAAGCUGUGGGGUGGUCACAUUACAAUGCAGUCGCUGGAACUGCAUCCCGAAGGAUGCUCCAUAUUCCUACAGCAGCGUACAAGAAGAAUGUUGUCAACAUUGCACUGCUCCAGUAUACCAAUUCCAGGGUUUGGGAUACUUUGGCUUUGAUGCUACCUCUGUGAAAAUCAGGGGGCCUGCAGAGCUCUAGCAGAUAGCCCAUGUCCACCUCCCCCUUUAGUAACAUGGAGCUGGCCUUUGGGAGACACCCAAAACUCAAUGCAGACUCUCAAAGCAGGCUGUGCCUCCAUGCUGUAACUGGGAGCAGCUAAAACUCCUUUUAUAUUCAGCCUAGUACUGAUAGCUGCCGGUACUGUUCUUUGUGCUGGAGGAGUUUGGAUUCGGAUUUGACCAUUACAGAUAUGUGUCUCUUCUCCCCUAUAGAGGCAAUAUAAUGCAGCCACUUUUUAGGAAAAAGCAUCUCAAGGUGGCAAUAUAAGCCUCACACUUAUUUGCAGUGCUGUGAUACUUUUUUUAUGAUACAUACUGACAGCACAGCUAACUAAUGUUGCUUGUCUACAGAGGUGGCAGAAGUUCUCGUAACCUUUCUCUCCUGAAAGGAUAGCCUUGCCAACCCAGGUACUGAGAUGUGCUCCUCCAAUAACUUACUCAGAGAUGCAGGAGCACAGCUGACACAGUCCAACCCACUGGUGAUGGUGCAUGUGAGCGUAUGCACGUGCGUGCGCGUACAAUUACACAAGCUUUUAUAUGCGUUUCUUCUGAUCCGCACUUGUAAAGCCCCAUAACACUCGGCGGUUAUCUUACAUGUAUCUAAUAUAAUGAAAUGUAACUCAGGGCCUUGCUUUAUAGGUCUCAUAAGUCUGCUUUUGUUUGUACAUUUGUCUAGAAAUAUGUUAGGGUUGGUUCUCCAGCUUUUUGAGUCUCUCAUAGCAACACACAGUUACUUUGCUUUGAAUGCUGCUGUCUGUCAGUGUUCUCUGUACCCAGUCAGGACUUGAAGGAAGCUCCCUGCAGGAUGCUAACAUUGGCUAAGACUCAGCUGAUCUGGGUGAUAUUCUUGCCUACUGUGUAGGAAAAAAAUGGUUUCUCAUUUUGAGGGGAAAAGAGGAAAAAAAACCAAGCCCCAACAAGCUUCCUGAGCAACCAUACAUAUUAACCUAAUUCAACCCUUCCCUGAGUAUGACGGAGUUGCUGCCUUUUUCUUUUGCUCUGAGCUGCUGCAAGCUGUAUCCAUUCCCUUACUGCUUCAGCCAGUCUGUACUGCAGCUACUGCUAGGGAUGGCACAGAAGCAGCACCUUAUCAUAUGUGACUGUACACAGUUAGCAGGGCAGACAAAAGUCUGAAAACACCAUGCCAUCCUCUUUGUGGGAUGUUGUGUUGCUUGAGUUUACCUUACUAGGGCACAGCAAAGACAUAUUCCAGUCACUUCAGUUUUUUUUUUCCUAGCAAGUAUGUAUUGAGACAGCAAUUGCUUCAGAAAACAGGAGCACUAAAAGCAGUUUAUGGGGUUCAGCUGUGAGAGGCUAAGGGAUCAGGAAAAGUCACUAGUGAAAAAUAAGACAGACACUGCUCCCUUUCUAGUCCUGCAGUCAUGCUGCCUCAUCAGCUAUUUUUACUGCUUUCCCACUGUAUGAAAUGAAGUGAAAACCUAAAAACAUUCUUACUGGGGGCUUUUUGACAGAGAAAGAAAGUAAGGUUGCUACCGGACCACCAAUGAGCAUCACAGGGGUGACACUCUCUGCACCUGUGCAUUCUGGUUGCAAACAGGACAGAGGUGGCCAAGAAAGCAGUGCUAGCCAAAGGCAGCUUGACCUUAUUGCAGGACUUGGUAUACAGGCUGCCAGGAAAAUGGUGUCUCAUGCGUUUCAUACCUUUCCUUUUCUUUCAAUCUCUGCUUGUUCUUUCCAGCACAAACUACCAGCUUCUUGCAUGCUGAAUACCCUUUCUUGCAUUUAAUUAGCUCAUUUUCAACAUUGUGCUUUCUUGCCUGCUAUAACUACGACACAUUUCCACCAUACCAACCAUCCUGCAGCUCUGACAGUUGUGCACGCACAGCGCUUUUCUUCUGACCAUCCCAUGCUUGACUUCUGCUCCUGACUGCCGACUGCACAAACUUCUAGAGAAUGGUUCGUCUUCUGCACACUGCCAAACCUUUCUACAUCACCACAGACUCCUAUGACACUUUAAAUAACUCCUCCUAAAGUAAACCAAAAAUUUCACACUGACAACUAUGUCUAGCAUCAAUUUGUUUUUAUUUACUUGGGGGGCAGGUUGGUUUUUGUUUUUUUGUUUUUAUUUUUUUUUCUUAAGCACUUAUAGUAUGAAUCAUGUUUUCCAUUACCUUAUGCUAUUUUCAGUGAAUUGCACACAAAUGGUUUCCAUGAGACCUGUCCAGCUUAGUAUCUGGGUCUUUGUACCAGGUGACCUGCUCUCAGUUUAUUGCAAGUAUUUUGUAUAUAACAUUUUUCCUGGUAUUUCUCCUUUAAUUGUAUUGAAAGUUAAAUGGUAAACUUUGUAUCCUUUCCUCAGUAAUAAAAGAUGUCUGUUCUAAGUGC